AUGUAAGAAAUUGGAUAAUUGAAUUCCAAUUAAAAAAACUUAUUCAGUCAUUUAACAUAAGCUCCAUCUGAUGCAAUCUUUGCAAUUAUGAAUGCAUAUAAAGCAGAUACAUCUGAAAAUAAGAUUGAUCUUGGUGUUGGUGCAUAUCGAACAGAUGAAGAAAAACCUUAUGUAUUUGACGUGGUGAAAAAAAUAGAAUAAGAGAUUGUAAACGAUCCUUCACUUAAUAAAGUAUGAGUGUUGUAUUAAUUAUAUAAAGGAAUAUUUAGAAAUAGAAGGAUUGCCUGAAUUUAACAAAGGUUGUUAAAUACUUUUAUUUGGUAAAGACAAUCCUUUAAUAACAAGUGGUAGAAUUGUAACAGCAUAAUGUUUAGGAGGAACAGGAGCACUUAGAGUGGGAUUUGAUUUUGUUAAAAGACAUUUAUAAGGAGAUGUUUAUGUUUCAAAUCCAACAUGGGGUAAUCAUAAUUAGAUUUUGGAUAGAGUUGGAUUAAAUUAGAUUAAUUACCCAUAUUAUGAUCCUAUUACUAAAGGAUUUAAUUGUAAAGCAACUCUUGAUUGUUUAUCAUAAGCUAAGGAAGGUUCAAUUAUUUUAUUACAUGUAUGUGCUCAUAAUCCAACAGGAGUCGAUCCAACAGAAGAUGAAUGGCUAUAAAUUGCAGAUGUUUGUAAAACUAGAAAUUUAAUACCAUUUUUUGAUUGUGCUUAUUAAGGAUUUGCUAGUGGUUGUUUAGAUAAAGAUGUUUUUGCUGUACGCAAAUUUGCUGAACUUGGAUUUUAAAUGAUCAUUGCUUAUUCAUUCUCUAAGAAUAUGGGUUUAUAUAAUGAAAGAGUUGGAGCUAUACAUAUUCUCACAUCUUCUUAAGAUAUUGCUACUAAAGUUUUAAGCAAUUUAAAAAUGGUUAUUAGAACUUUGUAUUCUUGUCCACCUGCUAUUGGAGGUAGAAUUGUAAGCAGAAUUCUUUGCAAUGACAAUUAUUAUUAACAAUGGGUUUAAGAAUUGAAUGUUAUUACAGGACGUAUUAUUAAAAUGAGAUCUCUUCUCAAAAAUGAAUUAGACAAUCUUAAUGUUUAAGGAAAUUGGGAUCAUAUUAUUAAAUAAACUGGAUUCUUUACUUUUACAGGCUUAACACCUCAAUAAUGUGAUUAAUUGACUUAAGACCAUCAUGUUUAUUUACUACGAUCAGGAAGAAUGUCUAUGGUAUUUAUUCAUCUAAAUAAUCUAGGCAGGAAUAACUUCUAAAAAUGUUAAGUAAUUAGUUGAAGCAAUUAAAAUUGUUGUCUAGAAUAAGUGAGAUAUAUUAUUAAAUUAUCCUAUAAUCUAUUAUCAUUGAAGGCU